UUUUACUUUUGAAGUAAAUAAAAAAUCACACUUACCUGUUGUUUUAAAUUGGUUUGUGAAAAAACCUGAAAUAAAAUAAUAAAUAAUUAAUAAGCUUCCUCCAACUUUUUCUUGAAGUAGUGUGGUAGUAAGUUAUACUUGAAGCAUCAGGAGAUUGAAAGUUUGACAAAAAUCAAGAAAGAAUAACGAUCGCUUUUUUAUUGAUUUGAAUUGUACUCAUUUGCCUUCCACUCUUGCCAUGCAGCUUAACUGUUUGAUAAAAUGCUUCAAACAAUUAUCCUAAAUUAUACUUAGCUUCAUUUUCAGCUAUCAGGGCAUUGUUUUGUUGAGUUGUGCCUUUGCAAGAAUGCUCUUCAGGAGGUUAUAUUCUAGUACCAAACUUCAGUAUCUGAGUCUGAGGUGUUUUUCAUCUGCAACUCCUCCUCUUGUACUUAAACAUGGUGAUGUUUUGAAAAAAACAAGGGUUUUUACUGAGGAAGAUGUCCUUCAAUACUCCAAAGUGAGUCAUGAUUCUAAUCCUUUGCAUACUGAUUCCGCUGCUGCUCGAAAUGUCGGAUUUGAAGGUCCACUCGUACAUGGGAUGCUUGUUGCUUCACUUUUUCCUCAUAUCAUCUCAUCACAUUUUCCUGCAGCUGUGUAUGUGUCUCAAACCUUAAACUUUAAGUUACCAGUCUAUAUUGGAGAUCAGAUUGUUGGUGAAGUAGAAGCAACUAAUCUAAGAGAAAAUAAAAAUCGAUAUCUUGCAAAGUUUAAGACAAGGUGCUUCAAGAAUGGAGAAAUUCUUGUCAUUGAAGGUGAAGCAUUGGCUUUGUUACCAACCCUUGAUUAUAAAGCAGUGGAAGUAUAAGAAGCAAUAGAAGCUACUCACAUCAUAAUUUCAUGGGCGAUAGAUCUGGUAAUGUUUUGCAAUAUCAAAAGGGACAAAGGGUAUAAUCUAUCAGUAUGACUGAUAAGUUUUUGGUAUUGUAUACGUUUAACACUAAUGGUUUCGGAAUAAAAGUAAGUGUGCUGUAAUAGCGAGUAAGGUUUGCCUGUAUUUGUUUUUUAUCUGUUGUGUUUGCAAAUACUUAGCAUGAAACCAAGAAUCUGUUCUCCAAUCAUUCUUCUUA